UUGAUGUUCAGACCUUGCACCGAAAUGACCAAACACAAAUACCUGCUACCACUGCUCAUUCUUUUCGCUGUGGAAGCGACCUCACAGAAACAAAUCAACCACCGUCGUCCAAUUUUGGAUUACAAAAGCGAGUACGACAAUGGAGAUCUUGUGGCACAGUCAAGCACCACAACGGUGAGGUGGCUCCCACCACCUGGCAAAGGGGCAGCUACACAUUUUAGGAACUAUCGAGAACCAGAUCAAAUGUACCAAGCGUCGUCCACGUCAGCCGUCACGUCGAGCGCAAAGGCACCUCCAAAGGUCAAGAAGAUGAUCAAGAAUACGGCCUACGAGAUGUCGGAUGCACUAGCAAAUACGGAGACAGCGGCGGAGUACGUGUCCACAGCACUGAAGAUGUGGAAUGGCCCCACGAAGCCAACUGCUGUUCCAGAAGCCAGCAAGAAGUCUCUAAUGAAGUACGACGUUUUCGAUCCAAAGCAAGCAGCUGAACUUCUUCACCUCAACCAAUUUGAUCCGCAACUGUAUCAAGUUCCUCAGUCAAUUCAAUCUAUGCAAAUCCCGACGCACUACGUUCAACCAACGCAGUACCUCCUGGAGCCUGCUCAGUACGAAGAACAGGAGCCAAUGCCACAGCAGUAUCAUCCAACGACCCUUCCACCGCAGCAAGUGAUCACAUUGCAACCAGUUGUGCAAAAGAGGCCAUUUGAAGUUGUUGAAACUGAAGCACCAUCAACUCCGCCACCUGUACCACGAUAUGCUCGUCCUGCCAUUCGUAAACCAUCAAAAGUUGUUCGACAGAAGGCACCUGGAGUGGUGGAUAAUUCCUACGAUCCCUACCAGAAUGCUGUAACAAAACCCGAACCAUUUGAAUUGCCCACAAAAGCUCCUGUCCACAAGGAAGUUACUGCUGAAUCCCAACGAACUACAUACAGCCGAAAUCCAACCAGUACUUACACUGUGGAAUCUGGUGGUGAGACCCACAUCCAUCAUCACUAUGCUCCGGUGAAUCAUCAACAGUAUGAGGAUGAAACUGUGGAGGUUCAGGAAGUUCAAACGCCAACAAGACCCAAAUACGUCACUCCCAGGACUCGUUCGAAGCCAUCUACGCAUGCUUUCCAAGUCCAACAUCUUCAUGCAGUUACUGAGGAACCUAGUCCUGCAGAACACACCACACCCUACAGAACAACUACUCCGUACCAGCAAACACUAAAGGCAACAAGUCGCCCUUUAGCACAUAGUCAUCAAUCUUAUUCACAUCUCGCACAGGACAUUGAGAAGGAUCUCUCAUCGCAGAGCUAUCAAAUUGAAAUUCCCCGAGAAGAACUUAUAAAGCACAUUGAAGAAUCCGUUAACAAGUACUUGAAGAAUAUGAAUUUGGAGGAGAAAUUUGCCAGGGAACGUCCACGACCACCAUCCUAUGUGCCCAGAUCUCAGCAGCAUGUCACAAUUAUUUCGACAACACCUCCACCACAACCACCUCCAACAACAACCCCUCUGCCCACAACCCCAAGACCAGUUAAGAUUCCCCGAAGACGGAGGCCAGUUGUGAUUCAACAGCAGCAACCGCAGCAGGAGAUAAAUCAUGAUCAUCAAGAGCAGCAUAUCAUUGUGUCAAAUGACGAAUAUCUCCCGCCAUCCUUUGUUGUGCACCAAAGUCACCCACAUCAAGUACAGCAGCAGGUUCAACAGCAAGUUCAACAGCAUGCCCAACAAGCUCAUCAACAUGCUCAUCAGCUUGCCCAGCAACAUGCGCAGCAGCUCGCACAGCAACAUGUUCCCCAUACAGUGACGCAUCAAGUUACACACCAAGUUCCACAUCAGAUAUCGCAUCAGGAGCCAAUUGUUGUGACACAACCAACGAAAAUCUACACCUACGAAGAGAGUUCGGAACAAGCUCCAGAGCAGGUGUACAGGCAACCAAAGGUUGUGCAUCAGGAGCAGUAUCAGGCGCAGUAUCCACCAAAUAAUGAACUCUCGCGUGAAUCAGUUGUUCACAGUGUAGAUCUAACAGAUCAGAAUCCUAAACAUCGACCCACGCAUAUUGACCUGAGUGCUCUUGAUGUUGGACAAUCGUGGUCACAUGGAAAUACAUUCGAUCACACGGCUGCUCUGAAGAAUCUGCAGGGAUUUGAUCAGAGCAACGCCGUACUCCAACCAGCCCCACAUCCAAAGCUACACUUCAAUUCACAAACCUACCAUGACAUCAAUGCACUACCGUACAACCCCAAUAGGGAUUUUGUGUCAACUGUUGAACCACCUGUUGCUGCAUCAACUGUUCAAGCUGUUGAUACAUCAACAACAUUCUACAAGAAGCAAUCGUCGUAUGGACCAAUGCCUGCUCACAGUACAGUCAACGUCAAUGAGGGCUCUGCAUCUGUUGGUGCAUCCAUUAGUGUGGGGGCGGAACAAAAUGUCCCUGGACUGCGGGAUGAGCAGGUAAAGGCAAUAACUGAUGAACUUGGUCCUGUACACAUUAUCAAUGGACUUCCCGUUGUUAAUCCCUACAACAUUGAUUUGCAUACGCUGAAGUUUAUGCUUGGCUCUCCCAUGUCUCCGGGGAAUGUUAAUCAAGUUCAAACUCCCCACCCGGCUGGACCGUCGUCUGUGUCUGAAGUCCCUCCACCACAGCCACAUAAACCACGAAAGGUUCAGGGUAAUAGUCAGUAUACGCGGGAUAGUGGCUGGACGAAUGCCGUACGGGUACCCAUUUCGUCCGGAAGCAAUGCAGUCCAGUACAAAUACACAGGGAAUGACCUACCGUUGGACAGCUACAGUCCCAAAUACAACAACAACCCCAAAGGUGAGGGCUACCAGGUGUCACCUGCAACGCACUCCAAAAUGCACAAUGCCCAUCAGAAUGGGUCACAGUUCACGGAGGUGAUGAACAAAGGGCGCGUAAAGGUGCUGGAGGUCAAGGCUCCCCGAGUGAAGAAGCAACAAAUCAAAGGCCGGGAACCGGACACUGAACUGAAACCGCCGCCAAGGUUCCCAAAAUACAAUUAAUGUUUAAUUGGGGUGGGGUUUAAAUGCUUUUAGAGCGGGUGGGGCCUCCUAGGGUAAACAUUGCAACAAGUCCAUCCACCUCAUGACCCCAAAUUGAGGUGGUCCUUGCACCUAUUUAUACUUCACUCUCUCUCUCUCCAUCCCUUGUCUUCUCCUGCAAAAGAAGUGCAUGCAAAAAAUAUUAAAUUCCAGCGUUAGAGCAAAAAUACUAAUUAUAAAAAAAAUGGAGUGUAUGUACAUAGAAAAAAUGCUGAAAGUUAAUUUACCGUGUCGUGCGUGAGAUAGAGAAACUAAACUGAAUAAUAUUUUGUAAAUACCAAUUGUAAUUGUGAUAAUUAUUAAUUUUUGUUAAAAAAUAAAAAUAAAAAAUUAAGCUACGAGAAGUGGUUUCACAGAU